AUGGUCAGAUCACGGAAGAAUCGUUUGACAGCUAAUAAAAAAUCUCAGUCCGGCAAUACAAGCCCUCAGAGUUAUUCUCGUAGGCGUUCACGUUCACGUUCACGUAAUUCAACUCCACGUUUGCGUUCUAAUUCACGUAGUCGGGGAAAUAAAUCACCGAAGACAAAGCUUAUUCUACCUGUAGACACAAAAUCUAUCGAACGAGAGACGAAUAUAAAGAAAAUUAUGCCACUCCAUCAAAGCUUUGAAAGCAAUGAUAUGAGAAGCUAUCGUAAUCAUUCAGGCGUACACCUUCCACGACGACCAAAUUCGAAACUAAAAAUACUGCAACGGUUUUAUCCGAAUAAUUUACUCGUUAAAGGGACCAAGAUUAAAAAUCGUUUGUUCUCACACUGUCGACGUUAUCCACGUUCCUACGCACUGCUACUAAUUCUUGGAUUGAUCGCGCUGGCUCUUUUCUACACAGGAUAUACCGUUGAUCAAAUGGCGAAAUAUUCUCGUCAACAAAUGAAGAUAAUCUCAGCUUAUGUAAACAAAAACAUUUGA